UAUAUAUAUAUAAAACACAUGCCAGCAUGGAGGGAUGACGUUAAAUGAUGAUGUAUGCGGGUGUUUGUAUUUUCUAUACCAAUCAAAACAGACAACUAGUAUGUGUGUAUGUAUAUAUAUAUAUGUGUGUGUGUGUCUACUACAUACUUGAUAUGUUACCAAUAUACCCUAUUUGCACAACUAACAUUAGUCCUAACUCACUGUCUUACUGUUAAUCCUGUUCACUGUAUUACAUUCUUUGUCAAUCCUGUUCACUGUAUUACCUUCUUUGUCAAUCAUGUUCACUAUAUUACCUUCUUUGUCAAUCCUGUUCAUUGUAUUACCCUCUUUGUCAAUCCUGUUCACUGUAUUACAUUCUUUGUCAAUCCUGUUCACUGUAUUACCUUCUUUGUCAAUCCUGUUCACUGUAUUACCUUCUUUGUCAAUCCUGUUCACUGUAUUACCUUCUUUCUCAAUCUUGUUCACUGUAUUACCUUCUUUGUCAAUCAUGUUCACUGUAUUACCUCCUUUCUCAAUCCUGUUCACUAUUACGUUCUUUGUCAAUCCUGUUCACUGUAUUACGUUAUUUGUCAAUCCUGUUCACUGUAUUACCUUCUUUGUCAAUCCUGUUCACUGUAUUACCUUCUUUGUCAAUCCUGUUCACUGUAUUACAUUAUUUGUCAAUCCUGUUCACUGUAUUACCUCCUUUGUCAAUCCUGUUCACUGUAUUACCUCCUUUGUCAAUCCUGUUCACUGUAUUACGUUCUUUGUCAAUCCUGUUCACUGUAUUACCUCCUUUCUCAAUCCUGUUCACUGUAUUACGUUCUUUGUCAAUCCUGUUCACUGUAUUACCUUCUUUGUCAAUCACGUUCAUUGUAUUAUCUUCCUGUUAAUGUCAACAAUAUUUGUGUUUUAAACUAAGUUUUUCACUCAAAUAUCAAACCAGUCCUGUUUUUCAACCAUUAAACAAUUUUUACAGCUUUCAGUUGAUUUCUGUUUAUUUUCUCUGUGACAAACUAAUUUUAAUUCUUUCAUGUUCUUAUUUAUUUUUAUUUAUUAUUAUUAUUAUUAUUAUUAUUAUUAUUAUUAUUAUUUCCUUCUAAUUUUUGUUUGCCUGUUAUGACAAGUGCUUGAUUUUCAAAGUUGACUUCAUCAGCGUCACAUUAUCAACUGCUGUCUUCAUCUCCUUGCUCUCAUCUCAUUUGACCUUCUCAAUAGCUUUCAUUCCUCCUUAUUUGUUAACUUCAUUCAGUUAAACAUUAUCUUUAAACCAGUUAAAACUGAUUACAGUUUUUCAUUUUAUUUUCCAUCUCACAUCCCGUCAUCUAUCUUCUGCCGUCUUCUUUCACUCUUUCAAUAAUUUCUCUUCCCAUUACAAUCACACGCACACACAUCAACACACACACACUCUCUUUCUCUCUCUGACUCUUUCUCUUUCACAGCAACAUACAUUCUCUGACUGUUUGUCUCUCUCUUUCACUCAUAAUGACACACACACAUACUCUCUUUCUCUUUGCCACACACAAACAUAUUCUUCCCCACCACCCUUGCAUUGCUAUUUACCCCCAUUGUGGCUGAGUGAAGUGAGUCAUUUUUCUCACACACAUACACACACAUACACACACAUACACACACACACAGAUCUUACAGUGAUUCGAUUUUUUUUUUAAUGUAUUUUUUAUCAAAACUUAUUCUUUUGAUUUUCCUAGGAAAGCUUUUGUUUUUUCUGCUUAUUUCCCCAUUUUGUUUUACUCUCAAUGUGUCCCUUACAUUGUCUGAUCCUAAAUCCUUCCCUUUUACUUUUAGCCAGGUUUUCUACAAGAAAUCCUUCGCUUCUAGUCAGUCAAAAAUGGAAAAAAAAAAAGAAAAAAAACCCACUAAAAAGUAACAAAAAAAAAAAAUUCCUAAUCGUAGAAAAGUGACCCGUGGUCAGUUAUAGGGUUUUAGUGAUUAUUGAACCAGAUUGUGAUGAAACACCUGCAGCAGUUAUUAUUGUGCUAACUCUUCAAAUACCAAAGUACACGUUUUAGUCAAUAACACAUCGAGUCAGGAGUAACAGAUGCUGCAACCCCAUCAAGGAUUUAUGAAAUUUAACAACAUUUUUGUUCUUUGACAAUAUUUGCAGGCUUCAUACCAAGAAUUUUUCCUAGACUCUUCUCAUUCCCUGUGAUACCAUCAUGAUAUUCUAUCAUAUUAGUUAAUUUAUUUUAGUUUUUCAUUGCUUUCUACAAUUGUAAUCUAUCACCUUGCUCUAUGGCCGUUUGCUGACCACUUCUCAGCAGUUGAUGGGUUUCAGUUUCUUCUAUUCUUUUUUUUUUUUUUCCUUCCCCAAAGUCAAUUUCGUUCUAAUUCUUCUUCCAGACUCCAUGUUAACAAAAUUUCUUCAAUAAAAAUUGUUCACUUUUGUG